UAACUACACUUACUGUCCAAUGAGCCCAACCAAUAAACAAUAUCUGUUUAACAUUACAACUACUAAUAAAGCUGGGAAUGGAUCUACUAGUAACAUAACUGUUGGAUUUGAAUCAACAAUAGAUGUAGAGUUAUAUGUAACUGAUAAGGAAAGAGGGAAUGUAAAUUGGACUUUUCAUUUCAUUGUAUCUGUUCAUCAGUUUUGUACUAAUGUACCACCACUAAUGAACAUUACAUUGAAAGGGUGUACUAAGGAUAACUGUUAUUCAACAACAAAUGUAUCCAUAAGCAAUAGUUCUUAUAAUAACAUUUCACUUGUUGUUCAAUUUCCAUCAAAUAAGACACUGAAUACUAAUGCUACCUUUUACUAUCAAAAUGGAGUUACAGUUCAAAGCAACACUAUAACAAUCAGUACUCAUGACCUGAACUUGACAUUGAUUAAUGUUACAUCAAAAUCUGUUUGUGUUCAGUUUCAGUUUGUCAAUGGCAGUACACUUUAUAUUGAUUACAUUCACAUUAUUGAUAGUCAAGGCCAGUUUCAUUGGGAUGACCACAAACCUUUUAAUGAUUCAUUGAACUUUAUCAAGUGUUUUGAUGGCAUACCAGCUGGUAAUAACUUAACACUGCAUGCAUGUGAAUUUGAAACCUUUUAUGAGAACUGUAUAUCUAAUCCUCCUGCUGUAAUAACUGGUAUUAAUAUUACUAGUGACUUUACAUCUUCAGUUUUAAUGUCAUCAGUUCAUUCAUCAUCAGUAUCACUCACAUCAACAGUAUUGACUACUCCAUCAAUGAUGUCUGUACCAUCUACUUUGUCAGUAUCAGCUGCUUCAUCAAAUCUAACAACUGUGACAGUUACAACUGCUUCUUCAUCGUACACUACUUUAUCAACUACUUCAUCAUCUACUUCAAGUACUUCAUCAGUACUAACUACAUCAACAAUUCUGACUACUUCAUUAAUUACAUCGCCAGUUUCAACUACUACACUAGUACCAACAACUUCAUCGACUACUUCUACAGUACAACCAUUCACUACAACUACAAGUAGCUCCAUCACUAGCAGUACUACAGAUACUCCUAUGAUAAGUAGUUCUACAUUUAUUGCUACUUCAAAAUUUAAUGGUACUUCAACUGCUUCAUCUCCACUAUCUUCAUCCAUUACUUCACAAAGUUCUUCAUUCAUAACUUCUUCUUCAGCCCCAACUCCUUCAUUGGCAGCUCCUUCAUUGGCAGCUCCUUCAUUGGCAGCUCCUUCAUCAGUAUCUUCUUCAUCUAUUAUUGUUCUGGCUUCUGGGAUAUCAAUUGCACUACUAAUUAUAAUAAUUGUUGUUAUAGUAAUUGUAGUGGUAGCAGCAACAGUUCGAUUUAAAAAGAGAAGAGGAAGAAUGGAAGUGAUUAAUGACGUUACAUUACUGAAGAGGAAUGAAAAUAAUAAUCAAAGUUCACAAGAGCAAGAACUAUCAUCAGUUAAUCCACAGAAUGAAAAUGUACAUCAACCAGUUCCACAAUCAGAACUAUCAAUGAAAGAAUGUGCUGCUUAUGGUGUAGUGGAAGGUACUAGAUUCCCACAGUAUGAGACUGUAGAUCUACCAGCUCCACAGUCAGAGGGAGACUAUGAACUACCAGUAAAAGAAUGUGCUGCUUAUGGUGUAGUAGAGAGUGCUGGGUUCCCACAGUAUGAGACUGUAACAUUAACAGUUCCUCAGUCUGAACUAUCAAUGGAAGAGUGUGCUGCUUAUGGUGUAGUAGAGGGUAAUAGACUUUAGAGUUAGUGUGUGUACUGGACUGGAUUUGGUAAAUUUUAACAAUUAAAAAUUUUUCAUUCAAAAAAUUUAAUACCAUUGUAAACAUUACUAUAUAUGGUUAGUUUCCACAUAGAAUAGUAAUA